AUCAGCGCCGUUCACGCGCCUCUACAUUGUACGUAGGCGUGUUGCGCGUGAAGCGUCGGUCGAAGUGUAAUGUUUGUGGGAAAAGUGUGGCGCUUUAAAUGAAGGCAUUGUUUUUGUUAGUCGUUCAGUCAGAGAUCAUUUACAUGUUUAUCGGCGGUUAAGUUCUAAACAAAGCAGUUGAGCAGGUGAGGAGGAAGUCAAAGGAAGAAACUAAAGUUGGAGUGAUUUCCUCUCGUAGCACAGGUGAGAAACUCUUGAGUUUUAACAGCACAGAAGAGCAGCCAACAGCCCGGGAGAGCAUGUGGCGAAAUGAGAUGUAUGAAUCUGUCCCUACAGAUGUGAAGGGGCUUGAUGAAGACAACUAUAAAGGCCACAGGGACUCAGAAUACCCUCAGCAUGAUUCUCCUCUCUGGAACACUCAGAAGAGCGAUGAGGGACCACCGCACUCAAAACAGAUGCCGUACUUUCAGGAUGGCAAAAGGCGCGUUGAUUAUGUCCUCACCUACCAUUUCGAGAAGCCCGAUAGCACUCACAAGCAGUCCUCCCACUCCUGCUUGAGGAGCUUUUGUUGCAGGUGCAAACGCAAUCGGGCCAAAGCGUCCGCUCAAGAGGAUCCUGAACUCGCAGCCCAGGAGCAAAGACUUGAUUACCAUGAUGAUGACCAGCGCCUCCGGAGGGAGGAGUAUGAGGAGAACCUGCGUCUGAUGGGCCUUGAGAUGGAGAAAGAUGAAGGGACUAAAAUCCCAGGUGUGGGCUUUUUGAAGAUCCAUGCCCCUUGGGAAGUCCUUUGUCGCGAGGCAGAGUUUAUGAAGCUCAAAAUGCCAACCAUAAAGAAAUUUAAUGUAGGUCCGGCAAACACCAUUGUAGAGAAGAUCCACAUGUUUAUGCACAAAGUCACGGCACCCUUACGACCUAAAGUUGGGAACAGCGAGGUAGAAAAUGAGAAACACCUUUCGUACCCGUUCUCACGAGAAAAACAACAUCUCUUUGAUUUGUCGGACCGAAAUUCCUUUUUUGACAGCAAAACCAGGAGCUCAAUAGUGUAUGAGAUUUUAAAACGAACAAAGUGCAGACGGGCCAAAUAUAUCAUGGGUAUCAGCAGUCUGCUGGGUAGUGGUAUCUACACUGCAGCAUACCCGUUACAUGACGGAGAUAUGGAUGAUCCCAAUGGUGAACCAAAUGACAGAAAGGUCUUGUAUGAGGAGUGGGCGAGUUACAGCAUGUUCUACAAGUACCAGCCCCUUGGAUUGAUCAGGAAGUAUUUUGGUGAAAAAGUGGGCCUGUACUUCGCCUGGCUGGGUGUGUAUACACAGAUGCUAAUCCCAGCCGCAAUUGUGGGUGUUAUUGUGUUCUUAUAUGGCUGUGUCACUGUGGAUGACGACAUCCCCAGCAUGGAGAUCUGUGAUGAAAGAAACAACAUCACCAUGUGCCCCAUGUGUGACCGAGUGUGCAGCUACUGGGAACUGUCCACUGCCUGCGGCACGGCCCGGGCCAGCCACCUGUUCGACAAUGCGGCCACCGUCUUCUUCUCCAUCUUUAUGGCACUGUGGGCCACCAUGUUCAUGGAACACUGGAAAAGACGACAAAUGAGACUCAAUUACAUUUGGGAUCUGACCGGCUUUGAAGACGGAGGGAGUCAGCCGAGAGCCGAGUAUGAGUUCCGUGUGAUGAAGAAGAGCAUGAAGAAGGAGCCGGCCCCAAAGGGAGUAAAAGAGAAACUGACAUGUACAGACAGAAUCCCAGCAUAUAUGACUAUUAUCAUCAUGAUGACUUUUUUGAUCUUUGUUACGUUGGCCAUCGUGUUUGGCGUGGUGCUGUACAGGAUCUCCAUUAAGACUGCCCUGCACAUGAGCUCCACAACCACGUUCAGAACUAACGUACGAGCCACUGUGAAAACCACCGCGGCCCUCAUCAACCUCAUCAUCAUCAUCAUCAUGGACGAGAUCUACGGAGCGAUCGCCCGCUGGCUCACAAUUCUCGAGGUGCCAAAAACUGACAAAAGUUUUGAGGAAAGGCUGAUCUUCAAGGCGUUCGUCUUGAAGUUUGCGAACGCAUUUACCCCUAUUGUGUACCUGGCGUUCUUCAGAGGCAGGCUGAUUGGACGUCCAGGCAAAUACAUUUACGUUCUGGGCAAUUUCCGUAUGGAAGAGUGCGCUCAUGCCGGAUGUCUGAUGGAGUUAUGUAUUCAGCUUUGCAUUACCAUGCUAGGAAAGCAGCUCAUCCAGAACAACCUGUUUGAGAUUGGCCUACCUAAACUGAAGAAAUAUUUCCGACAACGCAAGAUGGACAAGAAGCAGCAGGAAGAGCUAAACAAAACGCUUCAGCGUCACGAGAAGGACCACUUCCUAGGGCCCUUUGUCGGACUCAACCCGGAGUAUAUGGAAAUGAUCAUCCAGUUUGGGAUGGUGACCUUAUUUGUGGCUUCUUUUCCACUGGCCCCUCUUUUUGCUCUUCUCAAUAACGUCAUUGAGAUCCGCCUUGACGCCAAAAAGUUCGUCACUGAGCUGAGAAGACCCAUCGCCGUCAGAGCCAAAGACAUCGGAAUCUGGUACAAUCUUCUGAGAGGUCUGAGUAAAGUGGCCGUCAUUGUUAAUGCGUUUGUUAUCGCAUUCACAUCUGACUUCAUUCCACGCCUGGUUUAUCAGUACAUGUAUAGUCCAGAUGGGACUCUGCAUGGCUUUGUCAACCACACCCUCUCAUCUUUCAAUGUAAGUCACUUCCAGUCUGACACAGAACCCUUGGAGCCUUUUAACCUGGGCUACAAAGUGGACAUUUGCAGAUAUAAAGAUUACAGGGAUCCUCCAUGGUCUGACACACCGUAUGAGUUCUCAAGAGAAUUCUGGGCCAUUCUGGCAGCCCGGCUAGCAUUCGUCAUCGUCUUUCAGAAUGUGGUAAUGCUGAUGAGCGACUUUGUGGAUUGGCUAAUCCCAGACAUUCCCAAGGACAUAACCGUACAGAUACACAAGGAGAGGAACCUCGUGGUAGAGUUAUUCAUGAAGGAGGAACACGGCAAGAAGUUGAGGAACACAUUCAAUGAUCCGAGCCCUCAGCAACUUCGCUCCCGUCCCAGCUCACAGGCAUAGCCCAUAAUCACUCCGAUUAGCCGGAAUACCGUCCAGUCCGGAGUCUGUUUUAAACUCCAGCCGGCUCCUGGUGAAUCAUCCAAAUGCCAACCUGGCAACGUGGAAAGGGUGCGGAAGAGUUACGGGAGGACCGCCGCUCCCCCUAUAGGACCAACGUGGUUUCUUGGAAUGUUACAUUGACUGCUUACACGACAGGAAGGAGUCAAAAAUGAAAUUUUGUCUGUUACUGAAUUAAACGCAGGUUUUUUCUAUUUGCGAUAUGCAAUUUUUGCAGGUAGGGUUAUUUGGAGCUUGAGGGUCUGUAUUCUUGUUUUCUGUUUUAACUGAUUACUAUCGUAUGUAAGUUUUGCUGCUUUGGCUAAUGAGCAUUUUAUUUAAAACAAAGCUUUUAUAUUGACUUUUAACAUGUAAGUUUUUGAGAUAUGAACCUUGAUCUGACUUUAAAGUGCUUUUUAAGAGUAGACAUUUCAUUCAGGUUAAUUCUAGUUAAGAGAUUAAAACAAUGCUAUUUAUUUAAAACAUAACUAAAGUUGUUCUCUAUAUAUAAUAAAAUAUAUCAAAGUAAGGAAUUUUAUCUAUACAAAACAAGUAAAAUGCAAACAUAAAAUACUGUAAAAGCUAAUAAAACAUCAUCACUUGAAGUAGUCUAUAGUUUAAUCUAGUUAGUACAUGUGAUGGUGGUGUUUUUGCGAAGGGAUAUAAACUUGUUUAGUGCACAUUUUUGGUUUUUAGGU